ACCUCUUCAUUUCCACAAGAUUAUCGUGCUUCCUAAGCUCAUUAUUCCUCUUCCUCCUCUUCCUCUUCAUUUAUAAUCUUCAUUCUUCCACAUGUUUUCCUCAAAAAACCUGAGUUCAAUACCAAUCCCUUGGAAUUCAUCAAGUAGUUCUUUUUUGGAAGCUGGUUUGAUCCAGCAAGAACGGAUAGAGGGAGUUCCAUGGAGGAGGAUGGAAGUGUUCGUUUACAGGUUUUGGACCUGAGGAGGAUAAGUGAAGCCUGUGCUUCAAACACCAUGUUUGAGCCUCAGAGCAGUGUGGAGAAGAGAGAAAGCAAUGCAGAGUCUGUUUCUUCAACAACAUCCAACCUCCGUGCCCCGGAGAAGAAGCUCACCCUCUUUGCCCUCCGCCUCUCAAUCUUUGAGAAGACGGCUACUGGCCUGGGAACCCUGGGAUUCAUCUGGGCCACGGUGGUUCUUCUUGGUGGCUUUGCAAUCACCCUGGACGAAACUGACUUCUGGUCCAUCACUGUUAUCUUGUUGAUUGAAGGGACGAGGAUUUUCAGCAGAAGUCAUGAACUUGAAUGGCAGCAUCAGGCAACCUGGUCUAUUGCUGAUGCUGGAAUAAGCAGUUUCCGGGCACUGAGAUCCAGCUCUCAAGUCGCUAUUUCAAUGUUCAAAUCCAUUUUCACUCCUAUUUCUAAUAUCAAAAAACAGAGCCGUCAUGGCAGAGAAAUUACAAGGAAUAAUUGUUCCAAAGCUGAAAGCUUUAAUCAUCCAAGAACACCAGCAAGAACAUGGGUUAGUUCAGAUGUUCCUCUUCUUCCAUAUGGCCAAUGGGUAUUCUCAUCCAGAAAUGUCAGCAAGCUUCUGUAUUGGCUUCAGCUUCUGUCUGCAACAGCUUGUAUUGUCCUGUCAUUGAUGAAGCUUAUAAGGCACAACUAUGGCAAUAUACAGAAGGGGGAUACUGACAAGAGAAAUCGGCGGUCCGCUCUUAACAUUUUCUAUGGCCUGGCAUUAGCUGAAGCUCUGCUGUUUCUGAUGGAAAAAGCUUACUGGGAAUGGAAGGUGAUAUACUGCAAGCUCUUGGAAGAAGUAAAUGGGGAGUGUGAGUUGGGGCCUACAGGUCUGGUGUCAAUCCGGAGGUUUUUCUAUGAUGCUUACUCAAAAUGUGUUAAUGGAAGUAUCUUUGAUGGGUUGAAAAUGGAUAUGGUGAGCUUUGCAAUGGAUCUCCUGGAUUCGAGUUCCCCCGAUGAGCAGCUCAUUGGAACAAGAAUUCUCCGCCAAUUUGCAGUCAGUGAGCGGUUCUCGGAUGAUACGUUGCAGAAGAUUGGGAUAAACCUGUCUGUGGUGGAAAGACUAGUGGAGAUGUUGAACUGGAAAGAUCCAGAGGAGGAAGAGAUUAGGAAAUCAGCUGCGGAGAUACUGUCAAAGCUUGCUGGAAAGAAGCAGAAUGCUCUACGUGUUGCUGGAAUUCCUGGUGCCAUGGAGUCCAUUUCAUCACUGCUCCAAACCAACAGAAGCUCAGGUGCUGCAGCUGAUGAAAUUGGGGAGAAGAAACCAAUCUUUGAUCAUGCAGGUUAUGGGUACUGGACGUUCAAUCAUUUAGGCCUUCUCAUUUUGAAGAAACUUGCUCGGGAUCAUGAUAACUGUGGGAAGAUUGGAAACACCAGAGCCCUCCUGCCCAAAAUCAUAGAUUUCACACACGCUGGAGAAAGGCUGCUAAGAGAUGAAACUGUGACACCAUCUCAGAUCCUGACGGUGAAAAGAUCUCUGCAGCUGUUGAAGAUGCUGGCAAGCACGACCGGAUCAACAGGGAAACUUCUCCGGAAAGAGAUAUCAGAGAUAGUUUUCACAAUCAGCAACAUCAGAGAUAUUCUACGGUAUGGAGAAAAACACCCAAUGGUGCAGAAACUAAGCAUAGACAUACUGACCAAUCUGGCUUUAGAAGAGGAAGCAAGGGAGACAAUUGGGGGCACUGGUGGAGUUCUGAAGGAAUUGUUCAACAUCUUCCUCAACCAGUGGAUUCCAGAAUAUCAGAAUCAUGUGAGGACUGCUGCAGGAGAAGCAUUAGCAAUGCUGGCCUUAGAAAGUAGAAGCAAUUGCUACAGAAUCCUGAAGUUAAAAGUACUGGAAAGGCUCAUUGGAGCACUGGAAUCUCCAUUACUUCGCAUCAAUGCUGCAAGAAUCCUGAGAAACCUGUGCUCCUACAGCGAAGAAGAAUGCUUCAACCAGCUAAAGGUGGUCACAGCUGCAGCACCAACGGUACUGAGAGCAAUAAUGUCUGAAGAGAACAAACUACGGGAAGUAAUGGUGGGACUAGCAGCGCAAGUGUUCAAAUUCUUGACUUCUGAAGAAUCAAGCAUAAUGUUUGAUAAAGCUGGGAUUACAGAGGAAGAAUUGGCUAACAAAUUAGUCCAAAUUCUGAGGAAGCACAGCAAUCCAUCAGCUAAAGUUCCGAGAAUGAGAAGAUUUGCCAUAGAGUUGGCAAUCUGGAUGAUGUACACUGAUGCAAGAAACAUACUUGUCUUUGAGGGUCUGGGGAUGGAGAAGGAGCUGGAGGGUGUUCUAGAGACCACAUCAGAGCUUGAAAGCUUCCGGAUUUUCUCUGGCACAGUGGGGCUCAGCCGGCACAGCAUACCAAUUCACUCCCUGGUUGAAACUGCACUGAAGCUACUGAAGGAAAGGUGAAAGAAACUCAAAAUAUGCACUUCAUAUUUCCAAAUACCACUACAAAUGUAUUAAUAUUUGAUCUUGUAAAUAAGCAUUCAUAAGAGUAACAGCAUAUCUUUUUUCUCCAGGCAAUAAUUAUGUCAAUGUAAU